AUGGAACAACAAGAGAUCGUCGAGUCUCCGCGCAAGCGACAGAAGAUUGACACCGUCGGUGCGGCCGAUGAGGCCAAAGUGUCGCCCCCGAGCAAUGCUGCAGGCCAGGAUGCUCAGGCGAUGAAGGAACUUGAUGUCGGAAUCUUGGAGCUCGUGACAGCUGACAGCGAGGGUUUCUACGGUACUUUGAAGAAGAGAUAUACCGACUUCUUGGUCAAUGAGAUUCUGCCCUCCGGCGAAGUUCUCCACCUCCGAAACCCCCCAGUGACCGAGCCCAAGGAUCAAGAAAGUCAGAUCAAGGAGGAGGAGAGCCCUGUCACGACAGAACCGGUCGAAGAGGCUGCGCCCGCCGAGCUUCAGAUUUCGAACGAGGACCACGCCUUGCUGGUGGAAUACUUUGGAGCAGAGAAUGUCUCGGCUAUCGUAACGCUGCACAAGAAGGCCAUGUCUUCGCCGAAGCUUAAGCCGGGUGAGCUGCCCAAGAUCACAGUGGCUGUUUCCGAUCGGGACUUGCGCACCAAGAUCCACCAGGCAAUUCGCCGCAUCUUCAAUUCGCAGCUCGAGUCGAGCACCGAUGGCGAGGGCUUCCUGGCCGUGUCGGCGGCUCCCAAUCGCUUCAAGCGCAAUGCUCAGGGUCACCGCGGGGGUGGGAAAGGUGGUAAUCGCGUGAAUUGGGAUGAGCUGGGUGGUCCUUAUUUGCAUUUCACGAUCUACAAGGAGAACAAGGACACCAUGGAGGUCCUGUCCUUCAUUGCUCGGACAUUGAAGAUGAAUCCCAAGAACUUCCAAUUCGCUGGAACUAAGGACAGACGAGGUGCAACCGCUCAGCGCGCGUGUGUCCUCCGUGUCCAGGCAGAACGGCUGGCAGGUCUGAACAAGACCCUGCGCAAUGCCGUACUCGGCGACUUUGAGUACCGCAAAGAGGGACUCGACCUGGGCGACCUCUACGGGAAUGAGUUUGUCAUUACGCUUCGCGAUUGUGAGUUCCCGGGCUUGAAAAAAGACAACCCGCAGGCCGCUAUCGCUCAGGCCAGCGAGCUUGUAGGGACCUCAAUGAAGAACCUUCACCAGCGAGGAUAUUUCAAUUAUUACGGUCUCCAGCGCUUUGGAACGUUUUCAACCCGCACUGACACCAUCGGUGUCAAGAUCCUGCAGGACGAUUACAAGGGAGCAGUAGAAGGCAUUCUACACUACCCAUCUCACGUUCUUGCGGCGGCCUUGGAAGGUGAUUCUUCGACGGCCUUGAUCAGCACCGAUGACAAGAGCCGCGCUCAAGCUAUCCAUGUCUUCGAGACUACCGGCAAUGUCAAUGAGGCGCUGAACAAGCUUCCUCGCAAGUUUUCCGCUGAGUCUAAUGUUAUCCGCCACCUGGGACGUGCCAAGAACGAUUACAUCGGAGCAUUGCAGACGAUCCCGCGCAAUCUGCGCCUGAUGUAUGUGCAUGCCUACCAGUCACUUGUGUGGAACUUUGCUGCUAGCGAGCGCUGGCGUCUGUACGGCGACAAGGUCGUGGAAGGGGACCUGGUCAUUGUUCAUGAGCAUCGCGAUAAGGAUGCGAACAGCGACGAGGCUGAGCCUGCCAGUACCGUUGAUGCGGAUGGUGAGAUCAUCGUCGUACCCCAGGGCGCAGACAGUGCAUAUGCUGCCGAAGACGCCUUCACUCGUGCUCGUGCUUUGACAGCCGAAGAGGUUGCCAGCGGGAAGUACAAUAUCUUCGAUGUGGUGCUGCCCCAGCCUGGGUUCGAUGUUAUCUACCCGCCCAACCAGAUGACCGACUUCUACCGCACUUUCAUGGGAAGCGAGCAGGGAGGGGGUCUGGACCCGUUCAACAUGCGCCGCAAGUGGAAGGACGCUAGCCUCAGUGGAGGUUACCGCAAGCUAUUGAGUCGCAUGGGCGCCGACUACUCUUUUGACGUGAGGCUCUACUCCGAGGAUCUUGAGCAAUUUGUGCAAACGGAUCUUGACAAGCUGCAAUCCAGCAGCGAGACUCCCAAAGAAGCUGCUAGUGCUGUGACUGGUGACAAGCUGGCAGUCAUUCUCAAAUUCCAGCUGGGCUCUAGCCAGUAUGCCACCAUGGCCCUUCGUGAGCUGACAAAGGGCAAAGUCAGGGAAUGGAAGCCUGAAAUGACUCGGUGA